ACUCACUCUCUCUGCUCUCACUUGCAGAGAGACCAUGGCAGCCACGGCCGCCGUGGCCACUCUUCUCCUCACGAGCUUCUUCUUCGCUGCUCUCCACGUCUCUUCGAAUCCAGAUACCAAACCUCUCCUAUCAUUCAAAGCAACGUCGGACGCAUCCAACAAGCUCACCACGUGGAACUCCACCUCCGUUGACCCGUGCACCUGGACCGGCGUCUCCUGCACCAACAACCGAGUCUCCCGACUUGUUCUCGAGAACCUCGACCUCCGCGGCUCGUUCCAGCCACUCACCGCGCUAACUCAGCUCCGAGUUCUGAGCCUCAAGCGUAACCGCCUAUCCGGCCCCAUUCCGGACCUCUCCAACUUCACCGCCCUCAAACUCUUAUUCCUCUCCUACAACGAACUCUCCGGCGACUUUCCAGCCUCCGUGUCCUCUCUCUUCCGCCUCUACCGCCUCGAUCUGUCCUACAACAACCUAUCCGGCAAGAUUCCCGCAACGGUCAACCAUUUGAAUCAUCUUCUCACUCUCCGGCUCGAGGCGAACCGUUUCUCCGGUUCGAUUUCGGGUCUGACCCUGCCGAAUCUGCAGGACCUCAAUGUGUCUGCGAACCGUUUGACCGGCGAAAUACCCAAGUCCUUUUCGACUUUCCCUAUAACUGCUUUCGCUCAAAACCCGGGUCUAUGCGGGUCUCCGAUGCAGAGCUGCAAGGGUACACCAAACGACCCGACCCGGCCUGGAUCUGACGGAGCCAUUGCGUCUCCUGUAAUGCCUGCUGCUAACCCAACCGUCGUAGCGUCGUCGCCGAGUUCGUUACCCGGGAACUCAGCGCUGAACAAAUCGGGAAAUCCUCACCGAAGUGGUAGCGCGAAAAUGAGUCCGGAGGCUCUAAUCGCCAUUAUAGUUGGCGACGCUUUGGUUCUCGUGCUGGUUUCGCUGCUACUGUACUGCUACUUCUGGCGGAAUUUCAGCGCCAAAAUGCGGCAGGGCAAGGGGGGCUCGAAGCUUCUAGAAACUGAGAAGAUCGUGUACUCGUCGAGCCCCUACUCCGCCGCCCAACCAGUGUUCGAGCGGGGUCGGAUGGUGUUCUUCGAAGCAGUAAAGCGUUUCGAGCUCGAGGACUUGCUCAGGGCCUCGGCGGAGAUGCUGGGGAAAGGCGGGUUCGGGACGGCGUACAAGGCGGUUCUCGACGAUGGCAACGUGGUGGCGGUUAAGAGGCUCAAGGAUGCUCAGAUUGGCGGGAAGACUCAGUUCGAGCAGCACAUGGCGGUGCUGGGGCGGCUCAGCCAUCCCAACAUUGUGAGCUUGAGGGCUUAUUACUUCGCCAGGGAGGAGAAAUUGUUGGUAUACGAUUACAUGCCCAAUGGCAGCCUGUUCUGGGUUCUCCACGGAAACCGUGGACCCGGUCGGACUCCGCUGGACUGGACAACGAGGCUGAAAAUCGCAGCCGGAGCCGCUCGAGGCUUGGCCUGCAUUCACGACUCAUGCGGGCCGCUUAAGCUCACCCACGGUAACAUCAAGUCCACCAACAUCCUCUUAGACAACACUGGCAACGCCAGAGUCUCCGACUUCGGACUCUCCGUUUUCGUGCCUCCUCCGCCCUCCACGUCGUCCGCUCCGCGAUCUUGCGGUUACCGCGCUCCCGAGACGUUGGACGGUCGGAAAUUGACGCAGAAAUCAGACGUGUACGCUUUUGGUGUUCUGCUGCUGGAGCUGCUCACGGGGAAGUGUCCCUCUGUGGUGGAUAAUGGCGGGUCCGGGGGAGGAUUCGGUGGGCUUGUGGACCUGCCCAGGUGGGUCCAGUCUGUGGUCAGGGAAGAAUGGACGGUGGAGGUGUUUGACUUGGAGCUGAUGAGGUACAAGGAUAUUGAGGAGGAGAUGGUGGGGCUUUUGCAGAUUGCAAUGGCUUGUACGGCCGCUUCGCCUGAUCAACGUCCCAGGAUGAGCCAGGUGGUGAAAAUGAUUGACGAGAUUCGGGGCCUGUCUGGUUCGCCGAGUCACGAGACCGGCUUUGAAUCCAUGUCCGAGUCGUCGGCCUUGUCGGAGGACACUUGCGGAGCAAGUCAGUGAUCGCACCAGCAACCAUUUUUAACGUUCUUGUGUUGUAAAUCUACGGGUUUUGUUUUGUUGGCUUCAGUUCCCUUGCCUUCUUAUUUAAUCUCAAAUUUUCGUUUAUGCUAA